AUGCAUCUCCCGCGGAGCUGCAUCGCCCUCCUCAUCCAGGGGAGCGCCUCGCUGCUGGUGAUCUGUGGCCAGGAGCCAGGGAACGGCGCAGAGAGACGUGAACCCAACCCCCGGGAGGGAGCUCGGGGGCUGCUCCCCCCCAGCUCCCCGGUACCUGCAGCCCUGCUGCAGAACGGGACCCUCCUGGCGCUGGGGAGCAGCUCACGGCAGCUCUGGCACAUCCUGGACGGUGCCUCCGUGCGGGACCAGGCUCCACAGCCCCGGGGCCAGCGGGACCUGGCGCCGGCAUCGGGCAAGCUGAGGAAGCUGUUUGGCUGGGGUGACUUCUAUUCCAACAUCAAGACGGUGAAGCUGAACCUCCUCAUCACCGGCAAGGUCGUGGACCACGGCAACGGCUCCGUCAACGUCUUCUUCCAGCACAACUCCACCGGGCAGGGGAACAUCUCCGUCAGCCUCGUGCCCCCCACCAAGGCCGUGGAGUUUGACCUGGAGCAGCAAAUCUUCAUCGAGGCCAAAGAGUCCAAAGUGUUCAACUGCCGCGUGGAGUACGAGAAGGUCGAGCGCGCCAAGAAGACCACGCUCUGCACCUACGACCCAUCCAAGACCUGCUACCACGAGCACACCCAGAGCCACGUCUCCUGGGUCUGCUCGAAGCCCUUCAAAGUCAUCUGCGUCUACAUCACUUUCUACAGCACAGACUACAGGCUGGUGCAGAAAGUGUGUCCUGACUACAACUACCACAGCGACGCUCCCUACUAUCCCUCGGGAUGA